GCAGGAAGUGUAGCACAGUGAUUUCCUUUCAUGCAGGCAGAACAAUGCGAGGGGGAAUGUGUAGGGGCCUUUUUUUCUAAUCAAAUUUCUAACAUUCCACCAAAUGCUCUAUGGUAGAUACAACUCUUCUUUUACCUUGACAAUUUUGAAAGCUAUGGAUCGCAACAGUUCUAGUUCUGAAGAGUCAUGGCCACCCAAUUUCUGGAAUCAAAUAAUAAUAGCAUUUUCAGUUUCUAUGGUCAUUGGACUCAUUAUUGGAGGCAUGAUCUGGGCUUUGCUAACAUGCCUGUCUAGCCGGAGAGCUAGUGCUCAUAUUUCCCAGUGGACCUCCUCGUCUUUUAACCGACGUUCCAGACCUACCUAUGGAUGUGCUGCCAGCAGGCCAGGAUUCUACCGGAACAGCAGCUGUGAACGGCGCAGCAACCUCAGUUUGGCCAGCCUUACAUUUCAAAGGCAAGCUUCCUUGGACCAGGCCAACUCUUUCCCAAGGAAAUCAAGUUUCCGGGCCUCCACGUUUCACCCCUUUCUGCAAUGCCCUCCACUUCCUGUAGAAACUGAAAGUCAGCUGAUCACUCUGGUACCCACCAGCACGACCACAACCCUUACAGGGAGCACCACCAAUAGCCUGUCUCGUCCUGAAUUUCACUGGUCUAAUAACAGUCUUCGUGUCUGCCAUUCAACACAAACCCCACCUCCUGCCUAUGACUCUAUCAUAAAGGCUUUUCCAGAUUCUUGAUUGCUAUUCUUGGUAUCACACAUGGAGAAAGAAUCUCAGUUCUGUGGUGUGUGUUUUUGUGUGUGGAAAGAUACCAGAGAAGCUUACCAAAGCUGAAAGGACCUACAGCGCUAAAUCGCGAGUGGCAGCAUCACUAAGAUGCAGAUGAAACAGAGCAAAACACUGAUCUCCCUUAGCUUUGAAGACCUUCUUACACUAUACACAACCAUCUGUGAUAACCUGUGUAUUUAUAUUUAUCUCUGCUUUGUAAUUAUUGCCUCUAGUUUCAGUGGUCUGAAGAAAUUGAACCAUUGCCAAAGGCAGAAGCCUAAAAUAACUUGUACAUACUAUUAAUUACUAAGUACGUACUAUUAAGUACAUACUAUUAACCUAAGCAUAGUGUUGUUGUUGUCUUUUUUCAUAUAGGAUUUUCUUAUCCUCCAGGGGUUUGGAUUCCCCUAUGACUUGUUCAUCCACUCACAAUAUUGACAUUUGAUAGCAAGGUUCAUAAAUAUUCUCCAGCACAUGUUAAUGUUUAAAACCAUUUAGUAUUUGUAUUAUCUUUCAUAAAAUUUAUAUAUUUUUUCAGUUAUAUCUACUUCAAAUCAUAAUCUAGUGAUUUACCCUGCAAGCUUACUUUGUAUAUCUUGUACAAGCUGAGGAGAAAGUCCCUCUGAAUUCAGAAAGGCCAAAAGGAGAUGUGUACCAAUGCUAGCGCCAGGAUAUUUGUGUGUGUGGGGGUGUCAGUGUGUGUCUGUGU